AUGGCACGCGCCUACUUGACCUUGGAGCUGACGUUGACAGUAAUGCUGUUCACCUUGGUAACGAAUGCAAUUCUCAAAGAAAUCGACAGCAAGUCAGACCUACUGCAAGAGGAGUCAAUGGCCAUUCCAGCGGAACAUCGAGCUUACCCUGACAUGGACAUGCCACACGACUUGCCCAACAUGCUGACAAGGAAAAACCUGCCCAGUAAAUAUGAGCCCAGCAAUAAUGAAGUAUGGCCCUUUGCCCGUUCAGAGUCAUCGCAGAUUAAGGCAAUCAACGUCAAAUGUGAGAAGAACUUGAUGAAAGUCAACAUUGAAUUCGAUCGGCCCUUCAAUGGACUGGUCUUCUCCAAAGGCCACUACAGCGAUCCAAAGUGUGUCCAUUUGUCUCCUGGCACUGGACAACUUCAAGCCAACUUUGAGAUAUACCUCAACUCCUGUGGCAUGACCAGCAGUGAACAGGGCGGCAGUACUGCCUCUUCAUUGGGCUUGUUCAUCGAAAACACGAUUAUCGUGCAAUACGAUCCUCAGGUGCAGGAGAUCUGGGACCAGGCUCGCAGAUUACGAUGCACGUGGUACGACUUUUACGAGAAAGCAGUUACCUUUCGACCUUUCAACGUCGAUAUGCUUGACGCCGUGACUGCCAAUUUUUUGGGCGACAACAUUCAAUGCUGGAUGCAAAUUCAGGUUGGCAAGGGGCCAUGGGCAAGUGAGGUGGCAGGCAUCGUCAAGAUUGGCCAGACGAUGACCAUGGUACUGGCGAUUAAAGACGAGGAGAACAAGUUCGACAUGCUAGUGCGGAACUGCAUUGCCCACGAUGGAAAACACCCGCCUAUUCAACUGGUCGAUGAGUAUGGCUGCAUUGUGCGGUCCAAAGUGAUGGGAAAAUUUAACAAGGUGAAGAACUUUGGCCACAGUGCAUCAGUAGUUUCUUAUGCAUACUUCCAAGCCUUCAAGUUUCCCGACAGUAUGAAUGUGCACUUCCAGUGUGUCAUUCAGGUGUGUCGUCAUGAAUGUCCUCAGCCCACCUGCGAUUCAGACACUUCACCCGAUUUCCUGGGCAAUUCUCGAGCAGAGUCACACCUGGACGGGGACAAGAAGUUUGCCAAUCGAAAGGGAGAUCUACUGCCUUCCAGUUCAUCAACUCGUCAGAGCAGCAGUGCUCGCAGCAGCAGCACAAUUCACACGACGACCGUCGCCAGCAGUCUUCAGAGUGGCCAGCCGAAUCAGACUGAGCCCAGCUACGGAAUCAGCGGCACCGGAGGCAUGCCUCGCGCCUUGAACCUCAACAAGCUAAGGCGCAGGCGAGAGGUGAACAAGACAGACUCCCAAACGGACGUCUCCACAGAGAAGGUCAUCCAGGUGGUCGCCCCCGGUGAUGUCGCCUUCAAUCUGCCACUGGCCAAUGGCAACGGCGGAAGUGGCGAGGUGGUGCAGCGCAGGCUGCACUACGACACUGGCAAUGUCAUCUGCAUGUCGACCACUGGCUUUGCAGCCGGUCUGGUCUUCCUCAUCCUCCUCCUCCUGCUUACCUGUAUCAUCACCGUCUUCCUCCUGAUUCGUCUUCGGAACACCCUGCCGAGCAGCAGCACUGUCAGCAAGGAGCACGUAGUCAGUCUGCAGUGCCCCAACCACCCGAACAGUCCGUGCUCUUGUGAGCUCUCCCUACUGCAGCCGCAGUAUUAUCUCCAGGUUCCGGCAGUUCAUUUGGCCACCAUUUCCUAA